AUGGUGCACGAUCAUCGGUACCAAUCCGCUGAUACAUGGCGGCGAGACUCGGACGAUUACGAUUUCCGUAGGAGCCAACCGUCUCGCUACUCGCGGGACAGCAACCGAGACAGAGAAUACGACAGGAAUCGAGACCGAGACCAUGAAAGGGACCGCGGCAGAGAGAGAGAUCGCCGAUGGGGCCGGGAUAUUGACCGGGACCGGAGUCGGGAUCGAUCUUCUGGCGCUUCAAAUAAUACCAUUUUAAGUCCGACUGGGCAAGAACGGGACCAGAGGCCAAUGGAGACGGCAACAAAGGGCGCACUCGAUGCCGCUCCACAGAAGAAGCCAUUUGAGGGACGGCCAGGUUCGUAUCUUGCGCGUCUGGACUUUGCAUGCUCCGACUGGAUGCAACUUUCUCUGCUCUCACACCCUCCAGUUGUACAGAUGACUGACACUUUUUCUCGUGCAACAGUACCCAAAGGUCCAAAGGCCGAGCUGAGGCAUGCCGUCCAAUCUGCUUCGUCACACUCCGAACCCAGAACCCCGACAAGUCUCAACGACAAGAUUCCUCUGGUCACAAACAGCCACCCCAAGCCAAUCGAAACCAAGACUAAGGAUUCUUUGGCCCACAUGCUGUUGUCCAUCCUCAGGAAGGCUAGAGAUUUGGGGGAGCAUGAGCAUGCUAAGAAGUCUCUCGACGUACUGGACAAAAGGAGAGAAGAGCAAAUGCGAGCACUUUCCAAAAACUCCGACUUUCCGUCCUUGCCUGAGCUCCACAGGCCAAAAUCAGACGCUGAGAUUAGACGGCGAGAGGUUGCCGAGCAGAAUGUGGCCAAGAGCACGGGAGAUCUUACCUCGGCAGUCAAAAACUUUAUGCCACAUUUCUUUGCGUGGAAGCAACCAGUUGCUACCUUGGAAGGAGAUGUGAAAAGCCUUAACACAAGGCAGGAGGUCUUGGAGUCAAAACUUCAAGGCCGGUCUCUGGAAACCUUGGAGGAAGAGAAUACGACGCUACGAGAUCAAGUCAGAGUUUUGGCUGGACUCGUAGAAUCUCUAACCACAAGAGUGGACAGUAUGAGCUCGACGAUAGACGCCGCAAGUGGUACAAGCACAGAACUUGUACCGCAGGUCGAUAAACUUACCGCGGAGUCGCAAACUCACGCAUCUAUGAUCGGAAGCAUACAGGCAAUUGUGGCCGACCACAGUGCAAACAUUACAAAGAUCGAUUCUGUUGUUUUAAAGCCAAUAAACGACUUCAUGACAAUAGAGAAGCCGCAGCUGAUGGAGAAGCUGGAGAAGCAGGAAAUCGCUCUUGGAAAAUUGAGGACUGAAAUGCUUGCAAUUGAGUCUGGCUUAAAAACAUCCCCGCCAGCAGACGGACAGUCGCAAGGACAGCAUGAUAAGGUGCAUGGAACAGGUUCUAAAACUGCACCUGUUCCCGCCCCUACUGCCUCGAAUGCUGGAACACCGCCCACUACAACACCGCUGGCGUUUCCUGGAGACGACUUUACGAGCUUGCGGAUAGAAAUCAGUAGGCUUAAUGAGCGAAUUGGUCCACUGGAGAAGAUACCGGAGACGGUCGAAAAUAUACAAUCGCGGCAGGCGAAGGCGGUUGCAUUAAACAGCAUCGAGAGAAACAAACUUCGCGACGAACUGCGGAAAGAAGUGCGUACGGGAUGGGACAACUUGGCCGUGACAUUUGGUGAUCUCAUCGACAAGGAGACCAAGGAACGAUCUAUGGAUAGUGAACGUCUGAAGGAGCUCGAAAGGACUCUUCGGGAUCUCAAAGAGCUGCCUGGCUCUACCACCGACAACGCCCGAAUAGCGUCUACGACAGCCAACACCGAUGUGGAUAUGGCAGAAACAACGCUGGAACCAUUUCUCUCUCCGGUGCCAGAGCCCGUUAGCACAGUUGGCCCUGCUGAGCCUAUUGAGCCUAUGGAGCAACUUACGGCUAUGCCGCCGGCCGUCACGCGAGUAUCGAACACAGGACCGGCAACGAAAUCGUCACAACCUGGUAGCAACCCCGAUGUACGAGACCUCGAAAAAGAAAUGCGGCUUCUUCAGCAGAGAAUGCAGUAUUCAGAGGAUGAUGUACGGGCGGUGCGGGUCGAGUUUGACGGGCAAUGUGCCACUCUGAGGAUGAUGGUUUCGACACUGGACUCGCAAUUCAACAACCUGACAACCAAGGACUUAUUCCACGCUAUCAUCGGCCACUUGGAGAAAAUGUACCCAAAUGCACGGCAACUGCAGGAAGACGUGAAGAGAAUUGGGCUCGAUGUCAAUUUAAUAAAGCAAAACAACCGAAUCACCGACGAGACUAUCCAAAAACUGGAAGAUAUCAUAGCUGCGCCGGUAGGCCAGAAGCGGCUUUUGGCAGGACGUGCGGACAACGGAGGUCAUGUGGGUGAAUCCUCGUCGAUGAUAAAGCGGCAAAAGACCAGCGGGACUACACCCAACGGCAAUGCUUCCACGAACAGCCCGACGAACCGCCCUGUGAACGGUGCUGCCGUGGCCUCGGCGUCCGCCAGUUCGUAG